AUGGAUCCAGUUACUCGUCCAUCACAAUGGCUUGAAUCAAAAAAAGGUACAUCUGGAAAAUCUUUUAACUUCCAUUCAAAUUACUUCAAGUCGAAAGCAGCAACAGACUGGUGUCUUCAUCAUGUUGAUAUUCAACCAGAAGAAGAUCUUACAUUUGUCAGAAAAGGUUUAUUGGGUCUUCAUAAAGAAAAAUUGGGUGGUUAUAUGUUUGAUGGAACAUUACUUUAUUUAUGUGCCCAUUUGGCAAAUGAUGUUAAUGAAUUUACAAGUACUCGUCAAUCAGAUGGUGUACAAAUGCGUAUAAUUGUUAAAUUAACUGGUACAUUGGAAAAAGGAGAUCCUUAUUAUCUUCAAUUUUACAAUAUUUUAAUGAGAAAAUGUUUAUCACAUUUGAAAUUACAAUUUGUUGGAAGAAACUUUUUUGAUCCACAUGCUAAAGUUGAAAUUCGUGAGCAUCGUUUUGAGCUGUGGCCAGGAUACAUAACAUCAAUUCGUCAGCAUGAACAAGAUCUUUUGAUGUGUUGUGAAAUAACACACAAAGUUAUGAGACAACAAAAUUUACUUCACAUCAUGUCUCGUAUCAGAGAAGAAAAAGGUGGUGGAGAUUUUCAGGCUGCAUAUUCCAACAACAACACAUACACAGUUGAAGACAUUGAUUUUCAAACUAAACCAUCAUCAACAUUCCAUUUGAAAAAAGAAAAUCGUGAAAUUUCUUAUGCUGAAUAUUAUCGUAAUAAAUACAACAUCAACAUUCGCAACAUGACCCAACCAAUGUUGGUAACAUGUACAACUGAUAAGAAUCGUCGAUCUGGUCGAGCUGAAAUUGUUUAUUUAGUUCCUGAACUUUGUCAUGCAACAGGUCAGUAUGCAAUGAGAAAUGACUUUAGACUUGUGGAUGCUAUGGCUCAGCAUACACGUAUUAAUGCACAACAACGUGUUCAAAAAUUAAAUGCAUUAAACGUCUUUAUAAUUUUAGAAUUGGGAAAAGAGUUGAUCACUGUUCCAGCUCGUGUUUUGAAUGAAGCAAAAAUUAUUUUUGCUAAUAAUAUUUCUGUUGGUGCUGGUCGAAGUGCUGAUUGGACAAAUGCAUUUAGAAGUAAUGGAUUAUUACGACCUGCACCAUUUAAUGACUGGGCUGUACUUGUGCCUGAUAAACUCGCAAGAGAUGCAAGAAAAUGUUGUGUUGAUUGUCCAGUACCAUCACAAGUUGUAACAUCAAAAUGUUUUAAUCCAAAAAGAAUGUUGUCAAUUUAAACAAAAGUUGCAAUACAAAUGAAUUGUAAAAUUGGUGGUUAUCCUUGGUCAAUUGCUAUACCGAUGAAAGGCUUGAUGGUUAUUGAUUUUGAUGUUUGUCAUGGUACAAAUCAAAAAGGAAAAGAUUUUGGUGAAAUGGUAGCAUCAUUUGAUUCAAACAUUGGACGUUAUUUCUCAGCAGUUUUAUUCCACUCAAGUAGUGAAGAAUUAUCAAAUGAUCUUGCUGUUAAUAUAGCAAAAGCACUUCACAAAUAUCGUGAAUAUAAUAAUGUUCUUCCACAACGAAUUGUCAUUUACAGAGAUGGUGUUGGUGAAGGACAAGUACCAUAUGUAUUUGAGCAUGAAGUUCGAAGUUUUCGUUCACGUGUUGCUAAUUUUUAUCAAAAAGAACCAACUGAAUCAAAUAUGGCUUAUGUUGUUGUUACCAGGAGAUUAAAUACACGUUUGUUUGCUGAUAAUCGUGGACAAAUUGGUAAUCCACCACCUGGUACAAUUGUUGAUGAUGUUAUAACAUGUCCAACAAAAUAUGAUUUCUUUGUUGUUGCACAAGCUGUUAGACAAGGAUCUGUUGCACCAACAUCAUUCAGUAUUAUUGAUGAUGAUGUUUGUCUUCCACCAGAUAGAAUGCAACAAUUAACAUAUCGAUUCAUGAACAUGUACUUUAAUUGGUCUGGUACUGUUAAAGUUUCUGCUCCUGUACAAUUUGCUCAUAAACUUGCAUUUUCGAUAUCACAAUCAAUUCAUAUUGCACCAAGUAGUCAUCUUGAUUCAUUACUUUACUUUUUGUAA